UUCGCUGGUCCGGCCGCGUCCCUAGGUGCCCGAAGCUUCUGGCCCCUCCCCUGCCCUUCCCACGCCCGAAGCCCGCCCCUUUGCGUGCUCGCCGCUCGGUGGAACCGAGUCCGGGUCCGACCACGGACUCGCGCUGCCUGCGCUCAGCCCAGGCUCCUUCCCUGCGCAGCGCGGAGCCUUCCGGGCGCUGCACACCCGGCCCCGGACCGCGCAGCCCAGCCGGCCCCCAGAAGGAGGCUGAGGGGCGCGGGGACGCGCUGGGAAGGAUCGGCGCGGCCGGACCCGCGGCGGCCCGCCGGCCCGGACUGCUCGGCCGCCUCCUGCCCAGAACAUGUCGCCCGAAGAAUGGACAUAUCUAGUGGUUCUUCUUAUCUCCAUCCCCAUCGGCUUCCUCUUUAAGAAAGCUGGACCUGGGCUGAAGAGAUGGGGGGCAGCAGCUGUAGGCCUGGGGCUCACCUUGUUCACCUGUGGCCCUCACACUUUGCAUUCUCUGGUCACCAUCCUCGGGACCUGGGCGCUGAUUCAGGCCCAGCCCUGCUCCUGCCACGCCCUGGCCCUAGCCUGGACCUUCUCGUAUCUGCUCUUCUUCCGGGCGCUCAGCCUGCUGGGCCUGCCCACUCCCACACCCUUCACCAACGCCGUCCAGCUGCUGCUGACACUGAAGCUGGUGAGUCUGGCCAGUGAAGUGCAGGACCUGCACGUGGCCCAGAGGAAGGAAAUGGCCUCAGGCUUCAGCAAGGGGCCCAGCCUGGGGCUGCUGCCGGACGUUCCCUCUCUGAUGGAGACGCUCAGCUAUAGCUACUGCUACGUGGGGAUCAUGACAGGCCCGUUCUUCCGCUACCGCACGUACCUGGACUGGCUGGAGCAGCCCUUUCCCGGGGCCGUGCCCAGCCUGCGGCCCCUGCUGCGCCGCGCCUGGCCGGCCCCGCUCUUCGGCCUGCUCUUCCUGCUCUCCUCCCACCUCUUCCCGCUGGAGGCCGUGCGUGAGGACGCCUUCUACGCCCGCCCGCUGCCCGCCCGCCUCUUCUACAUGAUCCCGGUCUUCUUCGCCUUCCGCAUGCGCUUCUACGUGGCCUGGAUUGCGGCCGAGUGCGGCUGCAUUGCCGCCGGCUUUGGGGCCUACCCCGUGGCCGCCAAAGCCCGGGCCGGGGGCGGCCCCACCCUCCAAUGCCCACCCCCCAGCAGUCCGGAGGAAGCGGCUUCCACGGAGUACGACUUUGAGACCAUCCGCAACAUCGAUUGCUACAGCACUGACUUCUGCGUGCGCGUGCGGGAUGGCAUGCGGUACUGGAACAUGACGGUGCAGUGGUGGCUGGCGCAGUACAUCUACAAGAGCGCGCCUGCCCGCUCCUACGUCUUCAGAUCAUCCUCUCUCCAGAGGCAGAGAAGAAAGAAAACAGUUUUGUGGACUUCCAUGGCGGUCCAGCGGUUAAGACACCGUGCUCCCACUGCCCAGGGCGCGGGUUCGAUCUCUGGCCUGGGAACUCAGAUCCUACAUGCCUCAUGGCAUGGCCAAAAACUACAAAAAAAACCCAAAACAGUUUUGUUAUUCAACCAGAUUUCAAGGCGCAGCGCAAGUAACCCACUGCUGAGAUCACCAAGAUGGAAAGAAAGCUCAUCCCCCUUUUUUUUUUUAACAAUUCAUCCAUUUCAUUUUUAUUUUUUUUUAACUAGGGUAUAACUGAUUUACAAUAUUGUGUUCGUUUCAGGUGUACAGCAAAGUGGAUCUGUUAUACGUAUAGGUAUAUCCACUCUUCUUUUUAGCUUUUUUUCCCAUAUAGAUCAUUACAGAGUAUUGAGUAGAAUCCCCCAUGCAAUACAGUAGGUCCUUAAUAGUUGUGUAGAAAUCUCACCCUCCUUGUAUCCUUCACCACCGCUUAGAGCCCUUUAUGUAGCAUGUUCUCAAGAGACACCGUAACUGGUCCUCGCAUCAGAGGACCCCACAGCACUGUGCGUGCUUUCACGUUCAUGCCGAGUUCGCCUGGUAGUUGGGGUGGCCACCUGUGCUAGUUAAGUGUCUUUAUCUGAAGGAAGAAUAAAACUCCUGUGUCUAUCACGGUUGGUGUUUACAGCUCAGAGCUGACCCCUAGGAUCAACCCUUAUAGCCGCAGGGAGACAAGGCUCUACCUCCCUCCACAUCUACGCUUCAAAGAGAUGGCUCCCAGGCACUUGAGAAAAACGUUCCUGGACUGUAACGCUUUCUAGAGGCCUGUUUCACCUUUUCAAAG